CGAAGAAGAACCAGUUCUGUUUGGAUUGUUUUGAGUUCCUCCUGGGAGUUCCGGUGUUCAGGAUGCUGCUGGUUUUAACCGAGGAGCAGAAAGACCACCUCCACUUCCUCCAGACCGUCGAACCCUCCGUGGUUGAGGAGUUCGGCCGUAUCGCCUUGGAGUUCUUACGCAGAGGAACCAGUCCGAAGACCUAUGAGGGGGCAGCAAGGAAGCUGUGUGUUCCUGUGGAAACGGUCCAGCGUGGAGUGGAGGGUCUGGUGUUCCUGCUGAUGGAGAGCUCCAAACAUGUGAUCUCUGAUGUGGACUUUCUGGACUCGGUCCUGGUUCUGGGACUUAGCGAGGAGCUCAACCGCUUCCUGCUGCAGCUGUACCGGGACCACCACAGCCAGAUCCGGACCAUCCUGAACCAGCUGGUCUGCAGUCAGCCCGCCUACCAGAACCUGGAGUGGAGACUGGACGUUCAGCUGGCGAGUCGUUCGCUCCGUCAGCAGGUCGUUCCCACGGUGACGACCCGGCUGCUCCUGAGCGACAGCAGCAGCUGGGUCCUGCAGGUGGACCCCAGAACCCUGCUGCACCUCAUCUCCAGCCUGGAAGCUGCAUUAGCUGCAGUGAAGAGCAGCCACACCCGACGCAUCCUGAGGAACAUCAAGUAACUGUGUGUGGAGCCCGAUCUGGACCAGGUGGUCCUCCUGUGGUCCUCGGACCUCCUGUGGUCCAACAGGUUGGUGCUGCCUGGUCAGCAUCGCUGCAGAGCAGAACCUUCUGAUCCGAUUUAGCUUCUUACUAAUGACACCGGUCAUGAUGAACGGGCCCAGCUGCAUUUCUGAAUGAAGUAUAAAAUACCAGCAGUUUGUACUUCUACACACUGAUCAUUAUAUUUGUGUAUUUCUUUGGCUGUUGUCCCUCUGUUCUGGAGCAACGUCACAACCAGUGGUCACAACGGACCACCAGAACUCUGAAAGUAAAGGUUUCAUGAAAAAUUCUAACUACAUUUUUGUUUAAAUCUAAUUUCUAAUAAAGGCUAAUUUCUGGCUUAA